GUGAGGUCGGGUUCUCGGGAUCGCAAAUUACACCUCGUCGGGACCGUCGAAUUGAAGGGAUCCUUAAAGUAAAUUCCGCCGGAUAAUUGUGUCAUAUCAGUCGUAAACGAGAGAAUUAAUCGAGCAGCGCGAGCCGACGAAGACUCUCGCAUCGAAUGCUACGCAUAUUGAUACGACGCAUACAUUGACCAGGGAGAAGCACCAGUGUGAGAACUGUUUUGCGCGACAAUGGAUUCGGAAGAGGAAACGAUUUACGACGAUGUCGACUCCGGUAACGAGUCGAGCGGCGAUGAUGUUGACUUUGCCAUGGAAAUAGAACCUGGUAAUCCGCGUGAACGAGCCACCGAUGUCGAUGACUAUCCCUUCGAAGUGCUUUCCACAGAAGAGAUUGUGCAACACAUGGUUGAUUCAAUAAAGGAAGUCAACACGGUUGUUGAAAUACCAGCAACGACCACACGUAUUUUAUUAAAUCACUUCAAGUGGGAUAAGGAGAAGUUGAUGGAGCGCUUUUAUGAUGGCGAUCAAGAGAAGCUUUUCGCCGAAGCACGUGUUAUCAAUCCAUUCAGAAAAGGUCCUUUAAUAAGUAGAAGUCGAUCUUCCCAAAGCUCUUUGUCUAAAAGAACGUCGACAAAUGGCACAGAAGAGUGCGGAAUUUGUUUUAUGAUCCUCCCAUCCUCGAUGAUGACUGGUCUCGAAUGCGGGCAUCGUUUCUGCACCGGUUGCUGGGGAGAAUAUUUGACGACUAAAAUUAUGGAGGAAGGAGUUGGACAAACUAUUGCAUGUGCUGCUCAUGCUUGUGACAUCUUAGUUGAUGAUGCUAGUGUUAUGCGGCUUGUCAAAGAUUCCAAAGUUAAACUGAAGUAUCAGCACUUAAUUACCAAUAGCUUUGUUGAAUGUAAUAGGUUACUAAGAUGGUGUCCCUCCCCCGAUUGUAAUAACGCUGUUAAAGUGCAGUAUGUAGAAUCAAGACCGGUUACUUGUAAAUGUGGACAUACAUUCUGCUUUUAUUGCGGCGAAAACUGGCAUGACCCUGUCAAGUGCCAUUUACUUCGUAAAUGGAUUAAAAAGUGCGAUGACGACUCGGAAACGUCAAACUGGAUCGCUGCUAACACAAAGGAAUGCCCGAAGUGUAAUGUUACCAUCGAGAAAGAUGGCGGAUGUAAUCAUAUGGUCUGUAAGAAUCAGAAUUGUAAAACUGAAUUUUGUUGGGUUUGCCUCGGGCCCUGGGAACCACACGGCUCUAGCUGGUAUAAUUGUAAUCGUUACGACGAAGAAGAAGCUAAAGUAGCAAGGGAUGCGCAAGAAAAGUCCAGAUCAGCUUUGCAGAGAUAUUUAUUUUAUUGCAAUAGAUACAUGAAUCACAUGCAAUCGCUCAAAUUUGAGAGUAAACUGUAUGCCAGCGUGAAGGAAAAAAUGGAAGAGAUGCAACAGCAUAACAUGUCAUGGAUAGAGGUACAAUUCUUAAAGAAAGCGGUUGACAUUCUGUGUUCAUGUAGGCAGACACUUAUGUACACCUACGUUUUUGCUUAUUACGUGAGAAAGAACAAUCAAUCUGUGAUUUUUGAGGAUAACCAAAAAGAUUUGGAAAGUGCCACCGAGUGUCUAUCUGAAUAUCUUGAAAGGGAUAUCACAAGUGAAAAUCUUGCAGAUAUUAAACAAAAGGUUCAGGAUAAAUAUAGAUACUGCGAUAGUCGAAGGAAAGUACUUUUAGAACAUGUCUAUGAAGGAUACGAGAAGGAAUGGUGGGACUACAAGGAAUAGAGAAUUUUUACUAGUUUUACUUCUUGGGGUGUGACACACAAAUCCUCUUCCUUCCCACUUCUGCCCCAGCUGUGAUAAACUAAGAAAACUAACAAGAGACAGAAAUGGAGCAUGUCACAAAGUGAUAAACGUUAUAUGCACUUUAAAACACAUAUAAUAUAGUUUGUGGCGACACGCAUAACAUCGUUUAUGAUAAAUAUUGAGAACUCGACCUAUUAAAAUUCAAUCAGAUUAUCAACAAGUUGACAAUAUUUUGAUUUGUGCUUGCUGUGUGCUGUUCAUUAUUGUACAGGUUCUUAUCCUUGAUAAGUAUCCCAUUGUUUUAAGUAAUUUUAAGAAUAUUUGUUAUAUUAACACGAACAACAAGCGUCAUUAGAUUCAGCAAUAUGUUGCGAUGUAGAAUGGGAUCUCGGCUACAAAAUUCGUUAUUUUAUUCGACAUAUUUCACCAGCUUUUAUCAGUAACACAUCAGGAUUUUUUUGCAUUUUAUAAGUUUGUUCUGUAUCUCAUUAUUUAAAAAAGUAGCUAUUUUAGAUGUAAACAUCCCAAAUGAAUCAGGUACAACCAAGACGAAUCAUCUUCACUGUUUUGCUCUGUUUUGGACCACGAUACGUCCAGGCUACAACUGCCAAUCUUUAAGAGACACUAAAUUACUAUAUACGUAUCGUCAGUGCUAUGUAUUAAUCUUUAAUGAUAGAACUUCCUAUUCUUGCUUGUGUAUUGCUUCGAACAAAGUAUAUAUACUUAAAUAUAGAACAUCUUGCUAGAUAGUGAAACUGUAAUACAACACGUUCUGUUUUUUUAUCCUAUUUAUAUUUGUUUCACAAAUCUCUCUGUCUCUCUCUCUCUCUCUCUCUCUUUCUCUCUCUCUCUCUUUCCCCCCACAGUUUUAUAAAUGAAGUGUUACUUAGUUACUCAUACUGACGUCACGCAACGUUAAAAGGGGCCAAGUUUGUGAUAUCUUUGACAUGCACCAUACUCCAUCUUUACAUGUUAAAUUAGAACACUGUGGUUGUCAAGCAUUACAAAAAAAUACACCACUUUUUUUUUUUUUUUUGAAGAAAUUGGGUUGUUAUAAGUGCUGAAUCGCAAAAUUUGUCUUUGAUAUAGCUUACAGUUAUUUAAUCCUUUCGUUACUAAGAGCAACUACAGUCGCCCGGCCCAUAACAAUCACACGGUGUUAUUUUACUCAUGCCGAUGCAGUAUAUUAGUUGAUAUAACACAAAUACUGCAUGUGCAAUCUUGUUUACAUCACGUUAGACGCCGCUUGGGCAUCUGUACUAUAAGGUGGUUUUUCAGGACUCUGCCGUAACGAAAGGGUUAAACGCGAAUCUAAUAUGCUGCAUAUAAUUUGCAAAUAUAAUAUCCUGUUCGUAAUAGUGUUCCUUGGAAUAUUUUGUAUGGUAGCAUCGAUGAAGAUAAUGAUUAUAAUCCUACGUGAAUUUUAUAUAUUCAGAUAUUUUUAAUAUUUUAAUUGUAUUUUUAAUUCAUGGCUUAGUCUUUAUCUACCUUUUUAUUUUAUUUGCUCUCUUGUUUUAUUUAAUCUGCUUAUACAAACCAUUUGCAUAACGCUGACGAUAUGUUUUAUAUAACAUUAGCUAACUAAUUAAAGAUUGACGAUUAAAAUGAAAUUAUCACUUAUUGUCAAUGUAAGUGGUAGAUGAAGUGAGUUCCAUUUGUACAGUUAACAUAGUUAUAUAUUCACAUAUAAAUAUAUAAUAAAAAUAAAUAUAGUAAUAUCAAUAAUGAUAAAGUAAAAAAGUAGAGAAUUUUGAAGAUUUAUUGAGCGAGAAUUGUUAAUCCUUGCUAUUAUGCACAUUAGGGUCUGCGAUAAAAGUUAAAAUGCAGUUGUUUUCUGUACAGUCGCAAAAUUUGAUUAGAAAGAGAUAAAUGUAAGAAAAUUGUUAGAUAUAAUCGUCACGUGUUCUGCUCUAGUUUGUGAUUUUAUAUAUUCUACCUUCAUUUAAUUUGUAAAUUACAACAGCAUAUUCGAAAUCCUCUUUGCAAUACCGAUAAAAAUGAAAUCUGAGUAUCCAAAAUUUCUUGUACACGAACCAAACUUGAGACUUUGAACGGUGUCCUCGAAUUUGCGAGGCGUAGUGCGUGGCGGGUAUAAAAAUUGGAACAUUUAGCUGUCAAGUCAUCAAACAUAUCUGAGAAGGCGCUACUACAACUGGUGAUGCGAGCUUUUAAUUGCAUUUUGACAUAGGUUGCAAACUCGUGUCAAAGACUUCUCCAUCCAUUCGUCUUUGGUAUAUGCAUAUAUAUAUAUAUAUAUAUAUAUAUAUAUAUAUAUAUGUAUGUAUAUGUAUAUUCAUGAAUAUUUGAUAAAUGGCAAAACCUACGCGAUAACAAGAUAAACUAUUUUAGUAGUAUAGUAUAGGAAAACUGUGGCUUUACUUUUGUAGUUAUAAACCGAUAUCACACACUGUCAUCUCCGUGAGAUAUCUAGAUAGAUUUCUCAUCAUUGUUCGGUGUUGUCUUUUGUUAACAUUACAAAUGCAUAAUAUAUAUUGUAAAUACUACAAUAUAUAUAUUGUAAAUCUUAAAAAUUAUAUAGAACUUGGUAACCUUAACGAGUAUAAAAGUACGAGAUUUUGAGAUGCUGAAAAAUGACGAUUAAUAUAUUUCCUUGACAGAACUGUACCCCCCUUUCUUUGGUUAAGAAAUAAAGAGACGCAAGUUAUCCCCUUAGAGAGCAUCCUCUAUUAUAUAUUAUAUUAUAUAUACUCACUACAUUAGCCGUGUAUCCAAAAUGUUUAUACAUAUAACUAAAAUUGUUCACAAUUGUGAAAAUCAAUAAGCUCGAAAUAUUUUUAAUAAGCAUAUAGAAUGUAACCUUGUUUAAGUGGUUAAGUUAUUUUCAAUAAAAUCAUCAGUGUGCGCGCGAAUGAGAUAAAUUAAUAAUUACGCCACUCGGAAAACUACUGGUCUGUACACAACAUAUCUUAUGGAAGAGAGUUACUUAUUUUCGAGCGUACAAACAUACGGUAAACAUAGUAUCGAAUAUCAAUGUUCUUUUUAUUCUUAGUUAAUUGAUACUUUAGAUUACAUAGAUAUGGUUAAGAGGAUUAUGUUUAUUGCAGUGGGGGAAUAAUAUUUAUCUUAUGUGAAGUUAUUAUUUUUGAUUAUUUUGCGAACGUAUAUACAUUAGAAGUACGUCGUUUACAGUAUUUCGUAGUGGUUAAGACUGAUCCUCUCUGACGUAAUGCAACAGUAUCUUAAGAUUUAUCGCUUAUAAUUUAUAAUGACAUAUUAAAAAUGCUCCUCUAUAUUGA